GUAGGUGAUCACGAUACCGAUCUCCCGUUUGCGAAUUAUCCGUAUCGAAUUAUUUUUAAGGAUAACUAGACGCAAUUAACUGAGCUUUUAAUUGAAGAUUGUUACACUUUGUAAGUCUAAUAAAGUAGGCUUUCAUCUGCAGAACUAUGGCGGGUCCGCAAAAGGUGCAAAAUUACCUGGACAGGCACCGGAUUAGUGCCCUUUUUGAGGACCUAAUGGCAAGACUGAUAAAAAACACCCCUCAGGAACCAGUCCCAUAUCUUAUCAAGAUUCUACAAAAGUUUGACGAAAAAUCCAAGAAACCAUUCCAGGAAAAUCCUCUGGCCCCAAAGACGAAACCUCUGACCCCUGGACUCUCCAAGACACAAAGGAUUCAAUCCAAGAACCCUUUGACAAAGAGCACCUCCUCACUGAGAAAGGACCCACUGUCCAAGAGCACUGGGCAACUAAGCAGAUCCACCUCCAACUUAGCCAAAGAGCCAUCAGGAGCUAAAGGGGGAAGCCCCUCAUCACCCGGAUACGCUUGGCAACCCGGUACUGCUCCCCGUGGAGCGGAUAGAGGCCAUCAAAGACCAUUGCCCUCAAAUGCAAUGAAGGACAAGCAUGCUACAGGUAAAUUUGGCGUGGAUAGGGGUUAUGAGCGACCCUGGAUAGCGAACAUGAGGAAGAUCAAGUAUGAACAGGCUCAGUUGAAAGCCCGAAAGUUACAUAAGAGUUCAAGUACAGCAGAUGAUGCCGAAGGCUCCAUCAAGUCAACUCUUUCAAGCGAGGCAGACAGCAUGGAUGUAGACCAAAUCUUUGAGAUGUCACAGGAGAAACCUCCUGUAAGACCUAAAACACUGUUCAGCAACCCAGCUUCACAGGCAUGGGUAGACAUGGACCCGCAGCCGUAUCAGCCCCCUCCUCCCAAGCCCUAUCAACCCCCUGACCAGGUGGAAGAGGCUUUUCUAAAGGAGGAACUUUCAGCUGAUAAACUCAUGAAACAAUAUGAGAAGGAAUCCUCCAAGAACGACUCUGCAGCAUCAGACAAGCAGAAAGUAGAGCAGAGAAGGGCUAAGCCUGAUCAGAAAGCCAAGAAACAUAAGGAAGAGUUGGCAGCCCUGGUAGAGGCCCAGCGGAAGGUGGAGACCCUAGGGUACCUUGAUAGCGGAGGAGAGACAGGAGAUCCAGACCAAGGGGGAUAUGAAGAAGCUACAGAUGUGCUGGAAGAUGCAAGUGACCUGAUGGAUGAAGGGGUUGCUAAUGUCAAGAGCACUGGUAAAAAGGUCCGCCGUAGACCACCCCCUGCUCCUCAAGUAAAAGUUGGUGUUUGCAGUCGGUGUGCAAAUGUACAAGGAGGUGGGGACGGAGGCAGUACGGUUGCAGGCUUCGCUCAAGGGUAUGGAGCCUAUGCAAGCAUUGACAGCUCCAGUGAAGUAUCCCAUAGCUCCAGCUCAGACUUUGAGAGUGCUUCACAGGUCUCUGGACCCAGACCAAUGGCUUGGGAAGGAACUACAGAUGAUGUGAAAUCAACCAGACCCGGCACAACACGCAGCAUGACACAUGACCAAGCCAGUGAGUUGUUUCAUCAGAGUUCAUCACAGUAUAGAAGUGGUGGUGCUGAAGGAAGUAGUUCAUAUCGUGUAGAGAGUAGCAGAGAGGUCAGAUCAUCUCAAAGAUGGGAAACAUCAUCACAUACAUCAGAGGUUGAGAGACGAUUAACAGGAACGGAAUCACUACUUGAGAGGGGGCGUUCUUGGGCUCAGCCAGGUUCUGAUGACGAUUCAAGUGUCUAGUCUCUGCUCAGAUAUUGCCUCUUUUUGUAUGACUAAUUUUAGAUAUGACAUAUCUUAUUUUUUACCCCAACAAAUCAUUUGUGCAGCCACUACAUAAUCAGUAAGAGCCUUGAAGUCUUUGCUAUAUACUAAAAUGUGCUGCAUUCCUAUUCAAAGAGCCACAGCUUUGUCUUUUAUCACUGGGUUAUCUUGAGAUAACAUUUGAGAUAAUAUUUUAUCCCACAAGCCAGAAGAUGGCUGCAUUCUCAUCUCUUUGUGUUGCAUGCUUACAGAGCUUUUUAUUGACCAAACACCAGUGAACCAAAAAGUUUUUCAUCCUGU